AUGAAGUACGCGUUUGUCAUGGGUCUGUAUUUGGCGGCCACUGCCGCCAGUGGCGCUUCUGCCCCGUCGUCGCAAACGACCGUCACCGAUGACGUGACGGCCACGGCCGUCGAGCUCCGGUUCACAAAGACCGAGUCACUUCCCACGGCGUCAAGCUCGGCGCCGGCGUCGGGUUCGGCCGCUUCGUCCGCAGUGACCUCGAGUCUCGCGUCUCUUUCCACGACGCUCAGCGGCUCCGUUUCGGGAACCCCAGGGUCCGAGCCUUCGAACUCCGGCUCCGCCAGCGCGACCUCUGGACCCGUGCCUACCGGUUCUGCGGUAACUACGCCUGAAUCCCAGGUCUCUACCACGACUGGCUCUGCCAUUAGCUCAACUGGCUCUGCCAUUAGCUCAACUGGCUCUGCCGCUAGCUCAACUGGCUCUGCCAUUAGCUCAACUGGCUCUGCCGCUAGCUCAACUGGCUCUGCCAUUAGCUCAACUGGCGCUCAGGCUUCUGGCUCAACCGAAUCUCAGUCCACCACAACUAGCUCUGCCAUUACCGUUCCUGGGUCUCAGUCCACUACAGCUGGCUCUGCCGUGACCACCCCAGAAUCCCAGGUUUCUUCUGCUACUGGCUCCGCCGUUACUACCCCAGAAUCUCAAGCUUCUUCUACUACUGGCUCUGCCGUGACCACCCCAGAAUCUCAAGCUUCUUCUACUACUGGCUCUGCCGUUACUACCCCAGAAUCCCAGGUUUCUUCUGCUACUGGCUCCGCCAUUACUACCCCAGAAUCUCAAGCUUCUUCUACUACUGGCUCUGCCGUUACUACCCCAGAAUCUCAAGCUUCUUCUACUACUGGCUCUGCCGUUACCACCCCAGAAUCUCAAGCUUCUUCUGCUACUGGCUCUGCCGUUACUACCCCAGAAUCUCAAGCUUCUUCUGCUACUGGCUCUGCCGUUACCACUCCAGAAUCUCAAGCUUCUUCUGCUUCUGGCUCUGCCGUGACCACCCCAGAAUCCCAGGCUUCUUCUACUACUGGCUCUGCCCUUACCACCCCAGAAUCCUCUGGUACUGGCUCCACCAUCACCACUCCCCAAUCUCAAUCCACAUAUACCCCAGUUUCUUACUCGUCCUCUUCAGUGUUGUAUGCAAACACUACUAGUUCCCAAUUCGCUAGCCCAAGUUUGGCCUUUUUCAAAACUACUUCAUCAGAGUCCUCUAGUACCUCUGCAUCUGGUCCUAGUUCUACAACUGACAGAGCACCUGCGUCAACUGUUGUGCAAACUAGUGCCACUGAGACUACUAGCGACACCUCUACGUUCGGACCCAGUUCUACAACUGACAGAGCACCUGCAUCUACUGUUGUGCAAACUAGCGACACCUCUUCGGUCGGACCUAGUUCUACAACUGACAGAGCACCCGCAUCAACUGUUGUGCAAACUAGUGCUACCAAGACUACUAGCGACAUUUCUGCCACUAGUUCUUCGACAACGAGUACAACUCCAGCCUCAACGUCUGCUACUGCUGUCACUACUCUCGCCGCUGCCACUGCCUCUGCGAUCCUCAGCGAGCAUAACGCCAAGAGAAACCUGCACAUCGAUACACCAGACUUGGUAUGGGAUGAUGGUCUUUCUGCAUUCUCGUAUGCCUACGCUAACUCUUUGAAAGGUACCGAUUAUGAUCCAUGUUCUGGUAAUUUGAUUCACUCCACCGACAGAGGCAACCAGGGUGAAAAUAUCGCCUACGGUACCACUUUGGACCCAAAUCUGCUUGUGGAUUUCUGGUACGAUGAAAUCAAAUACUACGAUUACAACAACAUCACAGGUAUUGAACACGAUGGUGAAGAAGUCGGCCACUUUACUCAAUUGGUGUGGGCUUCAAGUACCAAUGUUGGUUGCGCUGUUAUCCAAUGUGACACAAUGGCUUCAUUAGGUCAAAAUUCGAUUUACUUGCUGUGCGAGUACUCACCUGCCGGUAACGUUUACAACGGUACUCCAGGACAAGACGAAUUCUCUUUCUUCAAGUCCAACGUUUUGGAACCCAAAUCUCAGUGA